AUGAGCAUCUCCUUUACAGUCAAUGGAAAAUAAGUUCAAUUAAAACCCAAUGAUACAUUUGAGGACAUUUUUGAUGAUCAUGUUAAAAAUGGUAAGUUUUUAGAUAAAGUAUGGAGAAUAAAUGAUCAACAAAAACCGAUUUAAAAAAGCACAAAGAUAAAUCAAUUCCUUUAAGGAGGUGAAAGAGUUGAAUGCUUGGACAAAAAUAGUGUUCCAAGUAACUUUCCAUCUACCAAUCAACCUGCUAAUCAACCAGGAUUUACUCCCACUUAACAACCAACCUCCCCCUUCGUUUCUUAAUAACAGCCAACAAGUCCAUUUAUUCCUUAACAACCAUAAAGUCCAUUUGUGGCAUAACCAUCCAAAAUAAAUUAAUAACCUUAAAUUCCAAUCCCCGCUCAAAUCCCAUCUAAUAUACCCGCUCAAAAUUAACAAAAGCCAAAUAGUCUUCAAGAUGUCUUAAAAGAUUAAGCAAAUAAAAUGUUAGUAAAUAAGAUGGCCAUCAAAAGAUAAGAAAUUAAUGAUACAAGCGGUAACAAAGAGACAGCUGUUAAAACUAUAAAAUAGUUUAAGGUCUAAAUUAAAGAAUACGGAAAAAUUGUCACAUUAGAAUCAGAAGAUGGAUCAUUCAAAGCUACAUUUUUAGAAGAAAAUGCUUCAGAAGCCGAACAAGAUAAUAUUGUCUUAUCUUAACAUGAUAUUAUUUAGAAUCCAGAAACAUAACUUAAAUUAGCUAUGGGAAGGAAUCCAUCAUAAUCAACUAAAGUUCUUUUCUUAUCAGGUUAUAAAGGAAUUGCUAUCAAAUGGGUAACUGGACUCUAAACUAAGUUUUAAUUCUGGCUUGAUGAAUGA